AUGCUUUUCCUUAACACGGCUGGAAUUUGGAGAGAUGGUUUGGGUUUGGAGGAUGAGGCGGCUGUGGAUAUCAGACAAAAUUCAGGUGAUUUGAUUGUCGAAAACACUAGUCGUGGACUAAGUGGGACAAAUCUACGUUUCCGAGAUACUGCUUUUCGUGAGCUAACGGAGGAAUUGGGUCUACACACAGAUUUUCGUAAUGAAUGUAGAAUUGAGCCGCUUUGUGCUUGGGAAGCUGCUUAUCCGUCUCGUUCUGAUACGAUAGCUGGGAAAAGUGCCAUUAUUCCGAAAUCUCACCAUAUGGUCAUAUAUUACUCAGUGAAAUGGUCUACUUCCAAGUCAAAUUCAACUUUUAAAGAUAAUCGCUUGUGUCUACCACACUUUGGUUUAGAAGCUGAUGAAGUAUCUGCAGUUGUUUGGCUUCCAAGAUCUGUCCUUACUAAAUUAAGUGAAGACUGGAUAGCAUUCGAGAAAUAUUUCCAAAAUCAGCCUAUAACUAGUUUUUCGGAGCAUUCUUAUCCGGAGUUGUCAACUAUGCCGACCACUAUCGAAAUUGAUAAGGACCAAACACCGAUUUGGUAUUGGAGCAUAUAUUCCACAGAAUGGCAAUCGAUACCUGCAAAUCAACUUAUAUGUGGAUUAACAUCAAGUCGAAAUCCGUCUAUUUCUUCUGAACACAUUUUAAAAUCUGAAUCUCAUUGUCAACCUAGUGGUGUAACUCUAGGAACAUUGUAUGCUAUAAACUGUUGGCUUUCAUCAACUUCUUCCACAUAA